AAUAAGCAUCUCAGAAAAAAAAAAAAUGAUCAUUCGCAGAUCUAUUUUUGCUCUCUUGCAACUGCUAAUGAUUGAAUCAGCAGUUGGAGCUCUAGUGAAGGAUGGUUGUAAAGAUCAUUGUGGCAGUGUCAGCAUUCCAUACCCCUUUGGAAUUGGAGAAAAUUGCUACAUGAACAAAUGGUUUGAGGUCUCCUGCAAUGAAACUUCCACCGCUCCUACAACUUUUCUAACCAGCAUAGAAGUGGAGGUGCUGGAGAUCUCUCUUGCAGACAGCCAAGUUCACGUCAAAAGUCCGAUGAUGUCCGUGAACUAUUCUGGGAGGACAGCUGGCAAAGUUGUGAAGUUGGCAGGAAGUCCUUUCAUGUUCUCUGAGGCAACGACUACAUUCAUAGCCGCAGGCUGCAACAACAGUGCUGUCAAGAGCCAAAUUGAGCCACUAAUCGAUGCGUGUGAAUCAACUUGCAAAAACAAGUCAUCCGAUCCAGAAUGGUAUUGCACUGCUGAGAGAUGCUAUGAGAGCAUGAUACCUUCACCUCUCCAAGUUUUCAAUGCAACAUUUGAUAGAGAAGAUUCAAAGGAAUGCAAGUUAGCCUUCCAGGCAGAUGUAGAAUGGAAUUAUUCAUCUGAUAAUAAUAUAACAGAUCCGAAUUGGCAGUUUAAGGUAUAUGUUCCAUUAGUGCUUGAUUGGGGAAUAACUAUGGAGGAAACCAACGGAUUAUAUUUGAAUUACGAUUCUCCAAUAUGGAGUGUAGGCGGGUUCUCAUCCCCCAAUUUUGGGUUCCUAAAUGACUUCGUUAAAUUACGUGGUUGUUACGAUGGAUAUGAAGGCAACCCGUAUCUGCCAUAUGGAUGUCAAGAUAUUGAUGAAUGCAAGGACCCUAAGCACAAACCCUGUGGGCACUUAAUUUGUGAAAAUAAACCCGGGACCUACGUAUGUAAAGGAAACAAAGCCUGGCCUAUCUUAUUGGGCAUUAGUGUAGGGUUUGGAGUAGUGUGUUUACUUACUGGUACAUGGUGGAUGUACAAAAUUUUAAAGAAGAGAAAGAAAAUGAAGCUCCGGAAGCAAUUCUUCAAACAGAAUGGAGGUUUAUUAUUACAGCAACAACUAUCUUCAACUAAGAAGAAUAUUGAAAGGACCAAAGUAUUUAGUAUAAAGGAGUUGGAGAAGGCAACUGAUAAUUUCAACAGGGACAGAAUACUUGGUCAGGGAGGCCAGGGCACAGUUUAUAAAGGAAUGUUGGUUGAUGGAAGAAUUGUUGCAGUUAAGAAGUCCAAAGUACUGGAUAAGAAGAAUGUUAAGGAGUUCAUCAAUGAGGUGGUCCUUCUUAUGCAGAUUAAUCAUAGAAACAUUGUGAAGUUAUUAGGGUGUUGUUUGGAGAUUGAAGUUCCUAUGCUAGUUUAUGAAUUCAUCCCCAAUGGGACACUUUUCCAAUACAUACAGGACCAAAAUGAGGACAUCCCAUUAACUUGGGAAAGGCGGUUACAAAUUGCUGCAGAAGUUGCAAGUGCGCUUUCCUACUUGCACUCAGAAGCCUCCAUUCCCAUUUAUCAUCGAGAUGUCAAAUCGUCAAAUAUUCUACUGGAUGAAAAGUAUAGGGCAAAAGUUUCAGACUUUGGGACUUCAAGAUUAAUUGCCAUAGAUAAAACUCAUUUGACCACAAAUGUUAAGGGCACAUUUGGGUACUUAGACCCUGAAUAUUUUUGGUCAAAUCAAUUUACAGAAAAGAGUGAUGUUUACAGCUUUGGAGUUGUUCUUGUUGAGCUCUUAACAGGAGAGAAAGCAAUUUCAUUAGUAGGGGCAGAGGAAGAGGAAGCAAGAGGUUUGGCUUCUCAUUUCAUUCUUUCCAUGGAAGAGGACAAUCUCUUUAAUAUUCUUGAUCCUCAACUUAGGGAGAGUUCUGCACAUGGAGAAAUAACAAAAGUUGCAAAACUUGCAUAUCGAUGCUUGAGCUUGAGUGGUAAACAGCGGCCAAAGAUGAUAGAAGUUGCUGUGGAGUUGGAGCAAAUUCGUCUUUUGCAAAACAAUUCAAACAGUCAACAAAAUCAUGAGGAGACUGGUUAUGUUAAAAAUGAAGUAACCAAUCAAUGGGAUAGCGCCUCUAGAGGUGCUUUGUCACUAGACAUGGAGCCAUUAUUUUCAAGUGAACCAUGGGGAUCGUUGGAAAUGCAGCAGAGCUCAAAUACCAUAUGAGGUCUACAGGUUUCGUUUUAACUUAUCAAAGUACGAUAAUGAUAACUGAUUUAUCAUAGAAUACAUUUAUUCCAUGAUGUGGGGCUUAAUGCUUUCUCUCUCUCUCUUUUUUCUCUUUUGUGUUUGAAAGGUUUUAGUUCAUUUUAUUUAUUUUUGUUGCUUCGUUGUUCAAAUAAUGUUUCUUAACUUGGUUACAGUAGUUUUAUAUAAUGAAGGGCUAAACUAUUACUGUACCAUCUCGUAACCUUCAAGGUUAAAUCAAGUCCUCAACAUAUGAUAGAUGGCAUAUAUCUUUUAGAUUUGGUGCUACAUACACAUUAAUAAUGUGUAUGCUUGAUUUAUUUAAUCAUAUAGGGCUAGCACAAAGUCAUUUCCAAUUUUCAGUAUAACUACCCUGAAAUGCUCAAAUUUCUUUAUGUGCAUGUUGUGUUCUAGGAUAUGAGGAUGCAAAGUACUUGUUCAUGAGAUGUGAGAUGAUUUAUAGAGUUUGGGUGCGUUGUUGCUAAUUCUGGAAUUUCAAUUUUGUACGUUCUGGUUCAAUUGUUGAUAUGGGUCAGCAGGGUGAGACUUAAGAGUUUGGGUCUAGUAAUAGUAAGGUUAGAGAUUGGAGAAUCAUUUUUUUUCUAGGCUGCUGCUUUGUCUGGUUGGAUGUCUCCAAGGACUUGCAAUGGGAAGAGGAGAGAAUUUUGGAAAUUAUUCAAGCAAGAUCAUUCGUGUGGAUUAAGGGUUGAGAGCUUCCAGUGCCUCUAGUGAUUGGUGUAUCAACCCCCAGUUUUGUGCAAAAGAUGUCUUUUAAGUGCUGAGUGUUUUUGACAUCCUGUUCUGUGCAGUGUGUUCUGUGUUGUGCAGAGGACGAGCUACAAUGCUGCUGAAUUUAUGAUUCUUAGAGUUGUUUUUGAUUGCUUGUUUGUGAGCUGUUGGAAUUUUUUGGGCCCCCAGUUUGAGCCAUUGCAUUCUGGGCAAUCCAACCCUCAA